CAGAAAGAGACGAUUACCAUCACAUUGGGUCUCUCUUCUUUGCUGCGCCAGUAUAACCAGACCAGUAUAUGUUGGUUGCCAGUCGCCCAGUGACCGCGAUCGGAUUUAUAUCGUUCGGGUUUUGUGUACAGACCAUGGAUUUAUUUAUUUAUUAUUAUUGUUGUUGUUAUCAUUAUUUUUAUUAUUAAUUAUUAUUAAUUAUUAGCAGUAGUAUUUAUAAACCAAACAAUUUUAUUUUAUUUAUUUUUUUUAUUUAUUUCAAUAAAGAAAAAAGGUUGUGCUACUGUUAAAGUUAAUUAACUAUUAAUUAUCCAGUGAAUUAAAUGCUACUGGAGGUAUCAAUUUAAAAAGUGAAUUAAAAGGUGAACUAGUUAUUUGGAGCGCUCAUUAUUUUACUUUGUAUUUUUUUUUUUUUUAAUUACUGGAGAGUCUUUAGAUUGACCAAGCUCCAAAACAAGUUGAUUUUUAUUGUUGGUUUUUUUAGGUGGAAUAAUAAAUAAUUAAACUGACAAUACGUGCUUCAAAAGUGUAUGUUCAUUGACGACACGAUGCCGGUAGCCGAAAUGCUGCCGGUUAUCACUUCCGGUCUUCUUAAUUUUCGGAGUAGAGGUGCUCGAUUUCGUCGUAGAAUUUCACCGGCGAUUAUUAAUAAAAUUUUUUUAUUUACUGUUAUUCUCACUACAUUUACGCAAGUCUGUGUUGCUGAUGCGGCUAACGGCUCUGAAAUUAUAGAUACCUCAAAAGUAACUUGCCAUGGACUAUCAUUCAGGUGUCCUGAAGGAAAGUGUAUUCCUCCGUCGUUGGUCUGCAAUUAUCAAAAGGAUUGCGAAAACGGCGAGGAUGAAAUGCAAUCGUGUCCACCUCCUGAAUGUGACGCGAAUCAAUUUUCAUGUACGCAAUAUAUCUUCAACAAAACUUACUGCAUACCAAAAUAUCAAAAGUGUGACAUGACUGUUGACUGUAUAGAUGGUUCAGACGAGGCUAAUUGUCCGGAAAUAAAAUGUCAACCCGACGACUUCAAAUGCGGUGGUACAGUACCUGAGCACUGUAUAAGAAAGGAGAAAAGAUGUGACGGGUAUCUGGACUGUAGAAACGGGAAAGACGAAAAAAAUUGUCCUCUGCUGCUGAAGCAACCGUGCACUCUAGACCAAUUUAGAUGCACUUCAACCCAACAAUGCAUCGAAGAAAGCGCUCGGUGUAAUUACAAAGACGAUUGUGGAGAUAACAGUGAUGAGGAAGGCUGUAAUUUUCCUCCUUGCAGCGCUGAUCAAAUUCGAUGUGCAAACUCGCUCUGUGUGCCCAAGGGCUACCCUUGCGAGGAGUAUAUCAAUUGUAGCGAUAAUUCAAAUGAUAAGCAGUGCAAGCUUACCGUCUGUCCGGGUAAUAAAUUCAUGUGCCCGAAAGGUGCUGAAGGGAAGCCGCGUUGUAUUGAACGCGCUCAAGUCUGUGACGGUAAGCAGGAUUGUACUGAUGGAGCUGACGAAGGAGUUGCCUGUUCAAUAAGUAACUGUCCGAGCUUAAAUUGCCAGCACAAAUGUCAAGCAUCACCAACUGGGGGUAUUUGCUCCUGUCCUGAGGGUAGAGUUCUGAUGAAUAAUACCGGAAUUUGUGUCGACAGAAAUGAGUGCAAUGAAUGGGGCUUUUGUGAGCAGCUUUGUGUCAACACUGACGGCUCGUAUGUUUGUCGUUGUGUCCCAGGAUACAAUCUUGUUGAUCGUAACAAGUGUCGAAUUCAAGAAAAUCAAAGACCUGUAAGGCUAUUAUUAGCUCAAGAUCGUGCUUUAUGGAGUAUGGAUACAACCGGUGAAAAGCGUCAAUUAAUUGUCAAUACCACUGGCGCAAGCGGUAUUGAUUAUUUGUACUCUGAAAAUUUAAUAUUUUGGAGUGAUUUAAAAACACGUAAAAUAUAUUCACAAUCAUUGACGCAAACUUCGGAUAAUUAUCAGCAAAUAGAUAUAUCUUUGACGGGUUCAUGGGCGCCUGUUGCGAUAGCAGUUGAUUUUAUUGGAAGAAAAUUGUACGUGGUAGACUCAAUGGUCCAGAAGAUAGACGUAUUUGAAUUAGACGGGCGUUUUCAUGGAAUUGUCUUGAGCACAAAUUUAACCAGUCCUACGGACAUUGCACUGGAUCCGACAGUAGGAUUGAUGUUUAUUGCCGACAGUAAGCAAGUUGUUAAAGCCAAUAUGGAUGGUACUUCGGUAACAAACGUUAUUUCAGAGGCAGCUUACAAAGUUUCUGGUGUAGCUGUUGAUUUAAUAGCCAAAAGAAUAUACUGGUGUGAUUAUUUGCUGGAUUAUAUCGAGACUGCUGAUUACAAAGGUGAAAAAAGAUUUAUUAUUCUGCGUGGGCUGCAUGUACCAGCUCCAAUACGGCUCGCUGUUUUUGAGAACCGGGUUUAUUGGACAGACAGCACUAAACAAGCGCUGAUGAGCGUUGACAAGAAUGACGGAGAUUACUCGAUUCAAACGUUAUUCAAAGUACGAGACGCUAAAGCCGUUAAAGUACUGCAUCCAAUGGCGCAGAUAGGUGCUAAGAAUAUUAAAAAUCCCUGUGGUAAUAACAACGGAGGCUGCCAGCAUAUGUGCAUCGUCACUGCGGCAGGUGGACGUGAAAGUGGUCUAGGAUACCGAUGCGCUUGUAAUAUCGGCUGGAAAUUGUCUACAGAUUUACGUAAUUGCAUUUUAGUCCAAGAAUUUUUGAUGUACUCGCAACAAAGAUUCAUCAAAGGACGUAUUUUGGAUCCAGUUAUGGACAGCUUCAGCGAUGCUAUUCUUCCAGUUGUUUCAAGACGCGCGAGAUUUGUUGGACUGGACUACGACGCUCAUGAUCAGUACAUUUAUUACAGCGAUGUGCUACAGGAUGUAAUUUAUCGUGUGCAUCAGAAUGGUACGGGAAGAGAAAUUGUAUUAGCUAGUCAGAACGAAGGUGUCGAGGGCCUUGCCGUUGAUUGGGCAGCUAAAAAUCUUUAUUACAUAGACUCACGUAAAGGAACACUAAAUGUCUUAAGUACGAGAAAUUUCACAUACAGAAGAACACUUUUAAAGAAUUUAAAACGGCCUCGAGCUAUUGUUAUACAUCCUAAUCAUGGUUAUAUAUUUUUCUCUGAGUGGGAUCGCCCGGCAAAUAUAAGCCGUGCUCAUGCAGACGGAUCUAAUUUAGUUAUCUUUAAGAACCUUACGCUUGGCUGGCCAAAUGGGCUGGCUAUUGAUUUCGAAAAAGAUCGUUUGUAUUGGUGUGACGCUUUGUUAGAUCACGUCCAACACUCGAAUCUUGACGGCGGUGAUGUAAAGAGUCUCAGUCCGAGAUUAAUUCGUCAUCCAUUCUCAAUUGCCAUUCAUGAACAGUGGAUGUACAUCACUGACUGGCGACUAGAUGCUAUAAUAAGAUUACACAAAGAAACUGGAGAACAAGAGAAUAUAUUAGUACAUGAACCAGCGACUAAUCGUUUGUAUGGUGUUAAAGUAUUUAGCCGUAAUAUUCAACAAUUGACAGACCAUCCGUGCUCAAUUAAUAACGGAGGAUGUGAAAAGUUAUGCUUUGGUAUUCCUGCUAAUUCUACGACUUUACCAAGUACUGUUACCAAACCCAAGGAAGAAGGAGAAGAAACAAACUUUGAAAGGAAAAAACUUAUUCGAGUGUGUGGUUGUCCUUACGGCGAACGUUUAGCGUCUAAUGGACUCUCUUGUACUUUAGACCCUGAAUCAGAGCCACCGGUACAGGCGUGUCAGAAUCCUUGGGACUUUACUUGCGCUAACCAACGCUGUGUUCCACAAUCCUGGGUUUGCGAUGGCGAUGAUGAUUGCCUUGACAAUAGUGACGAAAUGCAAAACUGUACCAAGCCCACGUGCAGUCCGAAUGAAUUCCAAUGCAAAUCUGGCAAAUGUAUACGCAUGUCAUUCCGCUGCGACGCUGAGAACGACUGUGGUGACUACAGUGACGAGAUGGGAUGUCCUAAUGUUACUUGCAGUGCAAGUCAAUUCACCUGUGACAACAAUCGCUGCAUCCCAGCAUCCUGGAAGUGUGACUCGGAGAACGAUUGCGGUGAUAGCUCUGACGAGGGGCAAUUUUGCGCAGCUAAAACAUGCUCUUACUUUCAAUUCACUUGUCCCAGAUCCGGACACUGUAUUCCACAAUCGUGGAUCUGUGACGGAGACAACGAUUGCUUUGAUCACGCAGAUGAGCUUGACUGUCCGCCUGUUACUUGUCUCAGCAGCCAGUUCAGGUGCGCGGAUCGCAAGACUUGUGUGUUAGAAUCUUACAAGUGCGACGGGCUGCCCGAUUGCAAUGACGGAAGUGAUGAAGUCGGGUGUCCUUCGCUGGGACCUGAUCAGUGUAAUCCAGAGAAACAAUUCCAGUGUGUCGGUACGGGUAAUUGUAUACCCAAGAGCUGGUACUGCGACAGCACUCCUGACUGCAGUGAUAAAUCUGACGAGCCGGAAACUUGCAAUCAAUUCACAUCGCCUGAUAUGUGUGGCAAGGACUUCUUUAAAUGUAUCUCUCCUGUGAAUAAAACAUGUGUAUUUAAAACUUACAUUUGCGACGGAAAAGACGACUGCGGAGACGGCUCUGAUGAAGAUCCGCUGAUUCACGCUUGCGGUCCGCCGCCAUUCAAGUGCGAAUCUGGCCAAUGGAAGUGUCCAAAUGUCACCAACAGGUGUAUAAACAUUACAAGUGUUUGUGAUGGUAAAACAGACUGUCCUAAUGGCGCUGACGAAGGAAUAGGCUGUGAUUUGGCUGAGUGCACUCAUCAAGGUGGACUCUGCAGCAAUGGAUGCAUUCAAACGCCUCUUGGAGCUCAGUGUACUUGUCCGGCUGGAGAAGAACUACGGGAAGACGGAUUCAACUGUCAAGAUGUUGAUGAAUGUGAUCCACCGGGUCGUUGUUCGCAAGAGUGUAAAAACACAAAAGGAAGUUACGCUUGUAGUUGUGUUGAUGGCUACACUCUGGAGAUUGAUAACCGCACGUGCAAGGCUUUCAAUCACAGUGCAGCAUUUUUAAUUAUUUCUAAUCGGCACACGAUCUUAGUUGCCGAUCUGCAGGAUCAAGCGCUGGAAAGAGUUCCUAUUAAUGUUGAAAAUGUUGUUGCGACAGCUAGCAAUAUGCAUACUGGUACUAUAUUCUGGUCUGAUAUGAAGCUAAAGAAGAUUUCACGAUUGGAGAGAGGAGGAGAUCCACAAGAUGUUAUCUCAACUGGUCUUGAUUUAGUUGAGGGGCUUGCUUACGACUGGAUUGGCAAGAAUUUAUACUGGUUGGAUUCAAAAUUAAAUACUAUUGAGGUGGUAAAAGAAACUGGAGAAAAUCGUAUGAUUUUAGUCAGAGAAAAUAUAACUCAGCCACGUGGAAUGUGCUUGGAUCCAAGCCCUGGUGCUCGUUAUUUAUUCUGGACAGACUGGGGUGAAAAUCCAAGGAUUGAACGAGUCGGUAUGGACGGUAAAGAUCGCUCGACAAUUAUCAGCACUAAAAUCUACUGGCCUAAUGGUCUGGCUCUUGACAUUGCUAACAAAAGAAUUUACUUUGCUGACAGUAAAUUAGACUUUAUCGACACCUGUAAGUACGAUGGGUCACAGCGAAUCCAAGUUCUUGCUGGGUCACAUUAUCUGCUGCAUCCUCACUCGCUUACACUCUUUGAGGACACAAUGUACUGGACGGAUCGUCAAUUAAACCGCGUACUGUCGGCUCACAAAUUUUAUGGCCGGAAUCAGACAGUAGUUUCGCAUUUGAUAUCUCAUCCGCUGUCUAUCCACGUUCAUCAUCCAGUUCUCCAGCCAAUUACGCAAAAUCCUUGCGCAAACGCGUCUUGCGACCAUCUCUGUCUUCUAUCAGCCAGUGACCCCCGUGGUUACAGCUGUAAGUGCCUCAGCGGCUAUAAAUUAACUUCCACGGGCGGCUGCGCGGAAGACGAUAUGCCGUACUUAAUGGUGCUACGUGGCUCUCAGAUCGUUGACAUGUCUCUGACGCCCGGUGAAAGUAAGAGUGGAUUUAUUACACCUGUAGUUGGAAUAGUAGGUGGUACGGUAAUUGAUUAUGACCGGCGAGAUCGAAAGAUUUACUGGUUGCAAAGCAAAGAUGAUGACAAUGAGAAUGGAACUAUUUAUACUAUUUCAACAAAAGGUGGUAACAAAACAGAAUUUCCAAAUCCAAAUGGUGAUUCUGGUAUUGUUGGCUCACCAUCGACAAUUGCCUUUGAUUGGCUCGGUAGGAAUUUAUUCAUUGGAAAUAAAUUCGCCGCUAAUAUUGAAGCUAUAAAGGUUGACGGUGAACCACGUUAUCGGACAGUUGUUCUUGCGAACGAUGGAAAUAGAACGUCUGUGGCUAAACCAAAAGCAAUGUGUAUUGAUCCUCUCGAGGGCCAGAUCUUUUGGAUUGACGAGGGAGAUUUUGGAGUACCACACAAAAUAGGUCGUGUUAAUAUGAACGGACAAAAUUCAAUUGUUCUUGUCGAUGAUGUGCCACAUCUUGAGGCUCUGACAAUAGACAUACCCAAUAAAAUGAUUUACUUCAGCUCUCAGUAUCCCGCUUUUAUAAAGGUCAUGACAACAGGCGGUCAAAACGUCCGUACAAUUUUAACCGAAGCCAAUAAUAUAAACACACCGAAAGCUCUAGCGGUUCAUGAAUAUAAAUUAUAUUUCUUGGACCCAGUUUAUGACAAAAUCGAGCGGGUUGAUUUAAUAAAAGACAAUCCAAGUCCGGUGAUUAUUGUUGACAAUGAUUCGACACUUAAAACUCUGACUAUAUACAAAAAACGCGUCGCUGGGUCACAUCCUUGUUUAGUGAACAAUGGAGGCUGUGAACAACUUUGUCUACCCUCGAUAGGUGGUACAAGAGUGUGUGCUUGCAGUAUGGAGUACAGAAUGGUCGGUGAUAUCAAAUGCGAACCCUACAAGACAUUUGCAAUAGUAUCACAAUUGGAUGUAGUACGUGGUUACAGUUUGAGUGAUACUAAGGAAGCUAUGAUCCCUAUUGCUGGAACAGGACAUCAUAUUCUUCACGUUGACAUGUAUUACAAAGACAACUGGAUCUACUGGGUCGAAUUUAACCGUGGAAUGUGGAACGGUAUUUUCCGUAUACGUCCAAAUGGCACUGAGCUAACGACGAUUAUCAAAAAUGGUAUCGGGUCUAAUGGAAUACGUGGAUUGACAAUUGAUUGGAUCGCUGGUAAUUUGUAUUUCUCCAAUGUCUUUCCACAUGACAAUUAUAUUGAGGUGAGCCGAUUGGAUGGUAAUCAUCGAAAGGUCCUGGUUAAAACAACAACAGACGCACCGCGUGAGCUAGCGGUUAAUCCGAUAAAACGCGUGCUGUACUGGAUCGACAAUGGGCAGUAUCCGAAAAUAGGAAAAUGUAAAUUAGACGGUAGUGAUUGGACGCCAAUUGUUACCUCGGGAAUAAGCACACCCAGAGAUUUAACAAUAGAUCCUAUUAGUCAUGAUGUGUUUUGGGUUGACUCCAAGUUGGACAUGAUUCAAAAAGUAUCUUGGACUGGUGGAAAUCAACAAGUAAUACGGAGAAAUCUUCCUAAUCCAAUGGGAAUUGCAAUAUACGGGUCUAAUAUUUAUUGGGUUGAUCGUAAUCUCCAGACUGUUUUUAGCUCGAGUAAAACACCAAAUAAUACUUUGCCAACAAGAGUGCGUACAAAGUUGCCAAAAUUACGAGAUAUUGUGAUAUUUGACCCGAGUAACCAGCCAGCGGAUGAUUCAAACCCUUGUUCGAAGGACAAUGGGGGUUGUCAACAGCUCUGCUUUGCUUUGCCAUUACUUUCAGAGCCCAAGUGUGAUUGCGUGACCGGAAAAUUGUCCUCUAACCAACGCAAAUGUGAUAAUGUCGACGAGUACCUGAUAUUUGCUACAAGAACAGAAAUAAGAGCCAUAAAUAUUGAUCCACAAUCAACAAGUGUACCAUUCAAGCCGGUUGGCAACUUAACAAACGUCGUGGGUAUUGAUUUUGACUAUCAAGACAAUAAAAUUCUAUUCACUCAAAUACGACCUUGGGCUAAAAUAGCCUGGUUGUCUGCGGACAAUCCACAGUCAUCUGAUGUACAAACUAUUAUCAACAAAGGAAUAAAUCCUGAAGGAAUUUCUUAUGAUUGGACUCAGAAAAAAAUUUACUGGACUGAUUCAUCAAACAACAGCAUUUAUGCUAUGAAUUUAGAUGGUACAUCUCUUGUUAUGAUUUCCAGAGUCGAUAGACCGCGUGCAAUAGUCGUAGAUCCUUGCAAUGGCACACUUUACUUCACAGACUGGGGUCGCUUUGGUACUUCAGGAAAAAUAUUCCGGACAACAAUGGCUGGUUCACUUAAAAAGGCUAUCAUUGACAAAGAUUUAUCCCAACCAAGUGGCCUGGCAAUAGAUUACGAGGAGCGUAUGCUCUACUGGACCGACGCUGUUAGAGAAAAAAUAGAGCGCUCUGAUUUAGAUGGUAAAAAUCGUGAAGUUCUUAUCACUGCGACAAUAUAUCCAUUUGCAAUAACGGUAUUCCGUCAGCAUAUUUACUGGACAGAUUUACAGUUACGUGGUGUUUAUCGUGCGGAAAAAUAUACCGGUGCUGAUAAAGUUGAAAUGGUAAAACGUUUAGAAGAUUCACCACGAGAUCUACAUAUCUACUCGGCAACUAAACAACAAUGUAAAGUAAAUCCAUGCAAUAUAAAUAACGGUGGCUGUGACCAGUCUUGUCAUCCGGGUGCUAAUGGAAAAGCCGAGUGCAAGUGUGAUGAUAACAGUAGACUGGUUAAUGAAGGAAGAAUGUGUGUUUCAAAGAAUGUUACCUGUGACGCCAGUAAAUUUGCAUGCAAGAAUGGAAGAUGUAUAUCACGUAUAUGGGCGUGCGAUGGUGAUGAUGAUUGUGGUGACGGUACUGAUGAAGAUAAAAAUUACUGCUCUUACCACUCAUGCAGCCCCAAUGAAUUCCGGUGUAACAAUGGCCGUUGUAUCUUCAAAUCAUGGAAAUGCGACCAUGAAAAUGAUUGCCGGGACGGCAGUGACGAGGAGGGCUGCAAGUAUCCGCCCUGCGCGCCAGGAGAAUUCACUUGUGCCAAUUACCGUUGUAUACCUCAAGCUCAAGUCUGCAAUGGCGUUAACGACUGCAAAGACAACGUCACCUCUGACGAGACCCACGAAAGGUGUCCCAGAAAUAAUACCUGUCAUCCAAAUCACCUCCAGUGUAACACGACAAACAUCUGCGUGGAGCCUUACUGGUUGUGCGACGGAGACAAUGAUUGCGGGGACAACAGUGAUGAAGAUCCGCUCCACUGCGCUCAAAGAACUUGUCCGCAAAACAGCUUUCGCUGUCCCAACCACCGCUGCAUUCCAGCUACCUGGUACUGUGACGGAGACGACGACUGUCUGGACGGAAGCGAUGAACCUGCUGGCUAUUGUCAGUCAGAAGGACGGACUUGCUUUGGUGACUUGUUCACUUGCGACAACGGCAACUGUAUUCCUCGGAUCUACAUCUGCGACGGCGACAAUGACUGUCUGGAUAAUUCAGACGAAGACGAACGGCACCAGUGCAACGAUCGCAAGUGUGACGAAGAAACAGAAUUCACUUGCGAUGCCAAUAAAUUGUGGAAUCGCGCUCAAUGCAUACCCAAGAAAUGGCUCUGUGAUGGUGAUCCCGAUUGUGUCGACGGAGCUGAUGAAAAUGUCACGUUGCAUCACUGCCCGCCACCGGUUCCAUGCGCGGAUAAUCAAUUUACUUGCGAUAAUGGAAGAUGUCUCAAUCGUAAAUGGCUCUGCGAUCACGAUAAUGAUUGCGGUGAUGGUAGUGAUGAAGGAAAGUUUUGCAACAACCAAUACAAGCCUUGCUCGGUGAAUGAAUUUACGUGCCAGAAUUUCCGAUGUCUGCGCAAACAAUUUAGGUGCGACGGCCAGGACGACUGCGGGGACCACUCUGAUGAAGUCGGCUGUCCUUCUAUCGGAUAUCAUCGCAAUAACACGUGUGCUAAUCCCUCUGACUUCCAGUGUGGCAAUGGUAAUUGCAUUAAUCAACAAUUAGUGUGUAAUAAGGAGUCAGAUUGCGCGGACGAUAGUGACGAACCGGCUCACUGUAAUGUCGAUGAAUGCGCAAAAGUUGAAUUAAACCAGUGUGGCCACAGAUGCGUGGAUACACCGACCAGCUAUUAUUGUGAGUGCAAUCCAGGGUACAGAUUGCUGCCUGAUGGUAAAGCUUGCGCAGAUAUUGACGAGUGCAUUGAAUCACCUCAAGUAUGCAGCCAGCAGUGUGAAAACACACCCGGAAGCUUUUACUGCAAGUGCAAUGAACGGUAUUACGAGCGAGCUGCUGAUGAACAUACCUGCAAGCGGCGGGAUAGAAUAGAACCCUGGAUUAUAUUUACAAAUAAAUACUACGUACGCAAUAUGUCAUCUAACGCAAUGCAAUACAGUAUUAUGCAUCAAGAUCUUGUUAACGUAGUCGCUCUUGACGCUGAUUAUGCCAACGAGACUCUCUAUUUCUGCGAUGUUACUGCUAAAACAAUCUACCGUGCUUCGCUGAAAGGCGGAGAGAAAGAACCGAUAAUUCGCCACGACAGUCUCGGGUUAGAAGGUAUCGCUGUUGAUUGGGUUGGACGUAAGCUCUACUGGCUGGAUCGUCAUGCAAAACACUUGGAUGUCGCUGAAUUGGACGGAUCUAACCGUAAGACUCUGAAGAAUGAUAUCGCAGAUCCACGUGCUAUUGUCGUACAUCCAGGCACUGGUUCUCUGUACUUCACUUCUUGGCAUUUGCAAGCUUACAUUGGUAAAAUGGGUAUGGAUGGAAGUAAUUUCACGAUGAUACUAAAUUGGAAUGAUGAUAUAGCUUGGCCUAAUGCCUUGACUAUUGAUUACUUUACGGAUCGUAUAUUUUGGGCUGACGCUCAUCUUGAUUACAUAGCGUUCGCUGAUUUGGAAGGACACAAUCACCGGAUUGUUCUUUCUGGCGUUAAAGUACCCCACGUGUUUGCUAUUACGGUGUUUGAUGAUCAUAUUUACUGGACAGAUUGGAAUCUCAAAGCAAUAAUGAAAGCCGAGAAAUUCUCUGGUGCAAAUAUCAAGGUGAUGCGCAACACAACUCACCGACCUUAUGACAUUCAUGUGUACCAUCCGCUCAGACAGUUGCCGUACGAAAAUCCCUGCAAGGAAAACAACGGCGGCUGCUCACAUUUAUGUUUAAUCGCACCGCCUAUGAGCUCUUACUUGCUUGAGGGCUACGGACAACCCGGUGUUACAUCUUACAAGUGUGCUUGUCCGAAUCAAUUCUUCCUGGACCAUGAUGGCAAAACUUGCAUUGCUAAUUGCACUAGUGGGCAGCAUCGUUGUGGCCCGCCGGAAGAAAAAUGCGUCCCCUGGUUCUGGAAGUGCGACGGUGAAAAAGAUUGCAAGGACGGAUCUGACGAGCUGGCUAACUGUCCCAAGCGUGUUUGUCCGCCUAGUCAAUUCCAGUGUAAGAACGGCAACUGUACUCCUAGUGUCACUGUCUGUGACGGUACUGACGAUUGCGGUGACAAGAGCGACGAGUUAAAUUGCGCUGGAGAGUGUCCAGAGCUGGAAUUCAAGUGCAAGUCUAAUGGAAGGUGCAUUCAUGCUUCGUGGAAGUGCGAUGGUGACGCUGACUGCAAAGACGGCAGCGAUGAAGACCCAGCUAUUUGUCACAACAGAACUUGCGAUCCAAACACUGAAUUUAGCUGCAGAAACGGCAAAUGUAUUCCAAAAUUGUGGAUGUGUGACUUUGAUGACGAUUGCGGUGAUGAUAGCGACGAGCCGGCUUAUAUGUGCCGUCAGAAGAAUUGUACAACUGGGUGGCAACGUUGUCCAGGUCAUGCGAACUACCGUUGCAUACCCAAAUGGUUGUUCUGCGACGGGAAAGAUGACUGCCGUGAUAAUUCUGACGAAUUGCCAGAAAGCUGUCCGAGCUGCGACCCAACAACGGAAUUCAAGUGCUCGAACAAUCGUUGCGUGCCCAAACAAUGGAUGUGCGACUUUGCCGACGACUGCGGGGACGGAAGCGACGAGUCCGAGGCUCUCUGUAAAGGUAAAUAUCGAUCAUGCUCGGAAUCAGAGUUCCAUUGCAGCAAUGGUAAAUGUAUUGCAUCACGUUGGCGCUGUGAUAACGAAGAUGACUGCGGUGAUAACAGCGAUGAAGUAGAUUGUCAAGUUUUCCCGUGCAAAAAUGAUACAUUUAAAUGCGCCUCUGGUCACUGUAUAGCUUCAUUCUUGCACUGUGAUGGUACACGUGAUUGCCGGGACGCGAGCGAUGAGAUUGGAUGCCCGCCUCGAUAUCCCGACGGACGUUAUUGUCCGAAAUCACGUUUCCAAUGUAAUAACAAUCUAUGUGUAUCGCUAUUCGAUCGUUGCGACGGAAAUGAUGACUGCGGUGACAAUUCUGAUGAGGACAAGACUCUGUGUGCAAACUUUACGUGCGAUGUACUACGUAGAUUCCAAUGCAAUAAUCACAAAUGUAUACCGAGGUAUCAAUUGUGCGACGGUAUUGACAAUUGUGGCGACGGUUCUGAUGAAAAUAAUCUGACAAUGUGUGCUAAGAGAAUACGAUCGUGUGAUCCGACCACUGAGUUCCAGUGUGCUAAUAAAAAUUGUAUCGAUCGCAGCAAGAUAUGCGACUUUGCCGAUGACUGCGGUGAUGAGUCUGAUGAAUUGGGUUGUCAUCAGUACAAACAUUGUGACUUGGCAACCAAAGGCGGAUGCUCGCAUCUAUGUCAUAAUGUUACUGACGGCGGUUAUAUUUGUACUUGCUAUACGGGAUACAUUGCAUCAAGGGAAAAUAAUAAAAUGUGCGAAGACGUUAACGAAUGCACAACAGCAAGCCAUCACUGUUCUCAGAUAUGUAUUAACGCUAAAGGGGGAUAUUCCUGCGAUUGUCGUGACGGUUUCCGUUUAGUAGACAGCCAAAGUGGCGUCUGUCAGCUAAUAGUUGAAGAUGCUUUAUUGUUAUUCGGAAACGGACCAGAAAUACGUGGGUACAAUGUACACAAACGGGAGGAGAUUGAUGUGGUAGUCGAUGAGAAACGUGUAAAGACUAUUGAUUUUGACCCCGUUCUAGAGUAUAUUUAUUGGAUCGACAGUCAUGAUAAUACAAUAAAGCGCUCGUACAUGGUUGACGCUAAAAAGGGAAAAGCUAAAAUUGGAUACGCACAGGAUUUAAAUAUUAGAACGAGUGAUACUGAGCCGGUUAGUUUGGCUGUAGAUUGGCUAUCGAAUAAUCUUUAUUGGGGUGAAGUCAAUAAUACUGGACUCCAACAGUACGGUAGGAUACUUGUAGCUAAAGCUGAUGGCAGGUACAGAAGGAGUUUAAUAACUAUUGGACUAGAAAAUCCAGCGGCAAUUGCACUUGAUCCAGAGUACGGGAGGAUUGUUUGGUCGGAUAUUGGCAAUCAACCGAAAAUAGAAACGGCUUGGAUGGACGGCAGCAAAAGACGCACUUUGGUUGAGGAUAAAUUGGGCAAACCCACUGCUAUUGCUAUAGACUAUGGAAUGGAUCACACUAUUUAUUGGGCAGACAGCAAGCUUAAUACUAUUGAGUCGGUAUCUCUUGAUGGGUCUAAUCGCAAACUUAUUGUCAGCGGUGAGGGUCUAAAACAUCCGGUUUCUUUGGACGUGUUUGAACAUUAUUUGUUCUGGGCGUCGAAGUAUACGGGCGAACUUAUUAAACAGGAUAAAUUCGGACGCGGGGUCCCGGAAAUAAUUGUCAAGGGUAUCCAGACUGCGGGAGGUGUCAAGCUUUAUCACCAAUUGAAGUACAACACUAGCUCACGUGAUCCCUGCAAUAGCGCUAGGUGCAGUCAUCUCUGUGUCGGUGUACCUUCGGGAUACCGGUGCCUAUGUCCGGACAGCGCUGGUCCGAGAUUAUCGCAGACCAGUGAGAGAAUCUGCGACGCAUCUAUUGAACGCCCGAAACCUUCGCCUUGGAUUUGCCCCUGCGAACACGGAGGACAAUGUCAGCAGACGGAUGAUAAACUUGAGUGCGUUUGUCCUAGUAAUUAUCACGGCGAACACUGCGAGAUUAGUCUUAUCACUUCAAGGCUGUCUAACUCUACGACAACCAUUGUCAUACCUAUUGUUGUCUGCUUGCUGGUACUAUUUGUUGCAGCUGCUGUUAUUCUCGUUGUCAAGAAACGGCCUUUUAAACCCGGUGGUCUCGGAAGUCUUACUGCUCAAAGUGUAUCAUUUAGACAAGGUAGCAACGUUGAAUUCGGUACACCCGCUCACGAGAGAAUGGAGCCACUUGAUGUAGAGUAUAGUUUAGGCGAGGUAACGGAUAAAAAUCGCGACUUCAGUAACCCCAUGUACGAUGCAGUGAAUUUAGAAACAACGAAUGGUACAAGUGGGAGCUCUAUAUACGAAGUCCCUGCAGAAAUGAAACCGUCGAGUAUGCAACAUAAAGAAUUACCGCAGCUACAUCAUAAAAGACGAGAGCUAGAUCCCACGACAAAAGAUUCAGGAAAAGAUACUCAGCAAUUAGUUGAGGAAGAUAAAUCCGAAAGCUAAAUUGUUUUUAUCAUUAUAUAUUUUUUUUACAAAUAUAUAUAUAUAUAUAUAUAUAAAUAUAAAUAUAGAUAUAAAUAUUGUUUUUGUUUCUGUAUAAUGCAGAGUUGAAUAUUUUAAUAAUUAUAUUGACUAUUGUAAAUUUUAAAUCUCAAUGUAUUUUUACUACGAUCUAUUGUAAGGAAAAAUUAUGUGAUUUUUUCAACAUUUAUUAAUUAUUAAUUAUUGCGAUCAUGAUUAUGUUUUUUUUUUUACAUCGAGAGAUUUAUUAGACAAGUCAUGAAUGUGUCAUUUUUGUUGGAUGUUAUUUUUACGUAUAUAAGAUUUGUAAAUAUUCAAUCAAUAAUGAAGUAUUAACGUUUUUUCAUACGGUUCGUGUGUACUAUAGAUAAAAAAAUAUCAUAAUUUAGUAUAACGUUUACUUAAUAAGAAAAAAUUU